AUGAGUAAUAAUGAAGUCUCAAGCUCUUCAGUGACUCACCGGCUGCCGACCAUCCAGUCAGGAUACAAUGUGCUUCUGAGACUGCCUAACGGUGAUAUUCGUGGUGUGAAGGUGGACAAAGACGCGACGAUAACUGUCGGUCGCCUGGGAUCGUUCUUCGCUAAUGAGCUCAUAGGAGUGCCAUAUGGAUUCACCCAUGAAAUCGUGGAUAAAAACCUCAAAAUAAUGCCUCCUCGCACUUUGCAGGAAGUCGAGGACACGGAUGCCACCAAUGAGCUAAUCAACGAUGGCGAAUCUGUGCAGCCAUUAACCAUUGAUGAAAUCACCGCUUUGAAGCAGUCUGGCGUCCAUUCAUCUGAUAUCAUUAACAAGCAAAUUGAAGCGCAUGCAAAUUACUCACUUAAAACAGAGUAUAGCAAAGAGAAGUACAAGAAACGCAAAGAGGCCAAAUACUCUAAAACGUUCACCACCAUAGAACCUACACUAUUUAAUGUCUGUGAUUACUGGUUUAACAAAGAUCAGACCCGCAUACGCGACAUUCGCGCAGAUACGCUAUCGCAGAUUCUUAACCUUGCCAACGUCAGGCCAGGAGGCCGGUAUAUCGCAGUCGAUGAUGCGUCCGGACUUGUCAUAUGUGGUAUCUUGUCUCGCAUGGGAGGCGAAGGACGUCUGAUUACCAUCUGCGAUACGGAUUCGCCUCCAGCAUAUCCAGUCAUGGUUCAAAUGAACUUUGACCCAAAAUCCGUUAAUGGUGUGCUUUCUUCUCUGAAUUGGGCUACAGCGCAAGAGGACUACACUCCUGUUCUCCCUCCAUCAGAUGUUCCUGCUGAGGACAUGAAGUCGGAACGUCAGAAAGCUCGUCUAAAGAAACGGAAGCUUGUCACCGAUGCCCUGGCCAGCACUCGCGAAGAAUUAUUUGCCGGGGAGUUUGAUGGACUGAUCGUUGCAAGCGAGUAUGAUCCAUGGCCCAUUGUUCAGAAGUUGACACCCUAUAUCUCUGGGUCUGCAUCAAUUGUGGUACAAAGUCCUUACGGUCAAAUUCUCGACGAUCUGCAAAAUAAAAUGCGUGCGGUACCAUCUUUUCUUUGUCCCACAGUGACAGAGGGAUGGCUUCGGCGCUACCAGGUACUACCGGGACGUACACAUCCAACAAUGAUGACGUCUGGGACAGGCGGGUUUUUAUUGCAUGCCAUUAAAGUAUACGAUGACCCUGAGGCUUCAGCCGUUGAAACGCACCGUUCCCAUAGGAACAAGAAAGCUAAAAUGGGACAGCCUCAAGUAGUCAUCGAAAAAGAAUCUACCCUACUGGACAGCGAAAUGGCUGUUGAAUGAUUAUUGCGAAGGCCGUACAUUAUCCUUGGGGCCGUUCCGAAGCGCUAGGUGGUUGUGGUAUUAUUUCGGGAAAGAGAGUAGCAAUGAUCUAAGCAUCAAGUCAAUAUUGAAAGACCUCACAUGAGAGACCUUACAUGAGCAGUUGACUGACCUCGUCGACAACCGUGUAGGCUAUAUGCUGGU